UAGUGUGGACUAGUCAUAAUUGAGUCUAAACUUAACUAGUAGUAUACAUUUUUUCAAACUUGGUAAAGACAUAUAGGUUACAUCUGCUUCCAGUGAAGCUGUAUUAUCUCAAGCCUUGUUUAAUCUUAUGGACGGGCGUUUAAAAGAAAAAAAUUUGCAUUUCGAAUAUUUGGGUUCAUAAAAAAUGAAUCUUCAAAUAUCCAAUUAUUUAAACGAGGUUUCAUGAGAAAGACAUUUUUUUUAAAACAUAAUUUUUGACACAAUUUCUGAGCAAUAUUAUCAGGCUACAUUCACAACAAGCUUAUUAAUUAUUUGUGUUUUAUGUGUUUUUUUUUCCAUUUGAAAACAUUAAACAAUGUCCACACAAAAACAUUUUUCACAGGAAAAAAGCAUUCAGCACAGAGCGAAUGGAAAACGUGUAUAAAGCAUGUACAUAUACACUUGAGUCGGCAUAUGGUUAUCGUGUUUGUAUUGUUUCACAUGUUCUACACGCAUGUACAUCAACAAGAAUGGGUGGAAGUCGGCUCCCUGUGCAUUUGUGUGUUUAGCCAGCUGAAAGCGCUUCUGAAAAUGCUUGCAUAUGAAUAAUAACUUAUCCUUUCUCGUUCAGACGUAGUACUGUAAGAUGAUGGGUCAAUCAUGAAUGAUUUGUUUAUUGCAUCUGUUAGUUGAAUUAUCUUUGACUGACUUGUUCAGAAUAUGAUCAAGAUUGUGUAGAUGUGUUCGGGGAAUUCGGCUGUUCAAAGUAACAUUUAAAGCCAGUUGAAUGAAAUGACUUUGUUCUUGUGUUUUUUUUUUUAUAUAUAUAUAUAUAUAUAGUGUGGAGAUCCUUUCCAAGAAGACGACCUUGUGAUGCUGAAUGGGACUAAAGAGGAGGUGGAGAAGCUACAGAGGGCCAUGGAGGGGCGCCGGUCAAAGGCUAAAACUGCAAAAAAAUCAAAGAAGAGCAAAGAUACUAAAGUCUCCAAGGCGCAGGAUUCAGCAGUAACGGCAGGAAGCUGUGACGCCUCAGAGACUAAACUGACAUCACUGAAUGGAGAAAGCAGCAGUGAUUCAGCUCCAGGACCAUCUACAUCCGGAGAGAGCUCUAAGACAUUAAAGGCCCCCCUGGGACCCGUCAUUGGCAGUAAGAGAUCAAUCCAGGACAUGAAGGACAAAUCUGAAACCUUCAAGUCACUCUUCACUUCCCACAGCUCGGCCAAACGUACUAAAGACCAGAUAUCCAACUGGGUCACACACACGCCUUACCACUUUUGAGUGCGUUCCUCUUAGUGAAGCUCGCUCUGUAGUGGUCUAGCUUUGGAGGAGCAAAAUUGAUGCAUCGUAUUAACCUUUUUCUUUUUCAACAUUGCAUCCUUUAUAAGAUUAUCUUAAUUUAGGUGCAUGCAUAAGAGUUCAGUAAACUCAUGUUGGCUUGAGUGAUACAAUUUUGGACUGGAUUGUAUGAUUUAUUAAGGUUUAAACAUGAGCUGUAUUGCAGUAAAAACAUUUUAAUGCUGAUAUCUUUGUAUGUUGUAAUUAUUGUGCGUUUCACAGUAUUCAUAGAAAUAGCUACAGUAGUUAUACAGUGUGCUUUUAAACAUGCAUUAUUUGUGAACACAGUAAAAGUCCGACCUGGGAGAAAUCCCGCACUGUUGUUGGAUGUGUUAGUAAUAAUCAUCAAUACUGCUUUUGUCCACAGGGCGGCAGUAGAUGUCUAUGAAUAAGCGCUGCCUCAGUCUAACAGUAUUAGAUCUGAUGUAGUUAUCCGUUUCCUGACUUUUCGCAGUCUGUUAUGUUCAUCUGACAGGUGCAUAAAUAAAAUCCAGACUCUACAGUUU